CCCCGCUUCUCUCACUGUCUUUCUAUUCUGAAAAAAAAUAACAGAUGGCUAUUGAAGGGUGAUUACUAUUAGCUAAAACGACGCGUGAGUAUGCGCGCUUGAAUUGAUUUCUAGAAAAAUACUUCUGCCAAUCAAAUACAUUUAUUUCGUGUCGUCUUUAUUUAUUUACAGAGAAAAAAAAAUUUUUUCUUUUGCACAUAUAUUUUUUCACAUUAAAGCACAUUUGAAAUUUCUUCAUUUCAUCUGUUAAAGAAAGGAAUCAAAACAUUCAAGAUUAACCUUUAAAUAAACCUUUUAUACCUAAAGGAUACUAAACUCGUUGACUGUUUUGAAAAAUGAGCAAUACACGUACUACCCGCAGCAAAUCAUCUGUAGUAGAACCUAGUUCAAGCAAUAAUAGCAAUGCUAUUGCUGAAACUACUGCCAACACUGUUACCACUACUACUACGACUAACACUACUCCUACUCCUACAAAGAAAGUAAUAAAGAAAAAGACAGCUGAAAAGACAUUGAGUAGUAGUGCUAAAAGAAUCAAGAAAGAACUUGCUGAAAUCUCACUUGAUCCUCCUUCUAAUUGCAGUGCUGGACCAAAAGGUGAUAAUUUAUAUGAGUGGGUUUCUACAAUUGCUGGUCCAGCUGAUUCCCCAUACGCUGGAGGUAUCUUCUUUUUAGACGUACACUUUCCUCAAGACUAUCCUUUCAAGCCUCCAAAGGUUACAUUUAGAACACGUAUUUACCACUGCAACAUCAAUAGUCAAGGCGCUAUCUGUCUCGAUAUCUUGAAGGAUAACUGGUCACCUGCCUUGACAAUUUCUAAAGUCUUGUUGUCUAUUUGUUCAUUAUUAACUGAUGCUAAUCCACAUGACCCAUUAGUUGGCUCCAUUGCUCAUGAAUACUUGCAUAAUAGAGAAGAACAUGAUAGCACUGCACGUGAAUGGACAAGAAGAUAUGCCUGUUAAUGUAACUUAUACUACGCCCUUUUUUCAUUGCACACACACAAACACAUAUAUAUUCACACAAGAUACAAUGCACUCACAAGAAAUCAUUAAAUAAUUGCACCUCAUCUAUUUUCAUAUACAAAUAAAAAAUAAAAAAACAAUAAAAAAGCCCCAUCCUUUUGUCUCUUUUUAUAUUCCAUUUUUAGAAAAGCAGAGUUUGACACAUUCUAUUCACAACAGCGUUCAAACUAUUUAAAGAUAACAAUUACCGUGACUGCAAAUUCUGAGGGAGACUUUGACGGCAG